AUGGUGUUCGAGGGUCGUGAUCUGAACCUCGAUCGCCAGGUUGCCAUCAAGGUCCUCCACGGGGCGUUGCUCGGAGGUGGCGACGACCGCGAAAAGGACGUGCUCGAGCGCUUCGAGAGGGAAGCAAGGCUCGCCGCGACGGUCGAUCACGGGAGCAUCGUCAAGAUCUACGACGUCGGCGAGAUCGCUGGCGUCGACGAGCCCUUCAUCGUGAUGGAGUUUUUGCGCGGUUGUUCCUUGCAGGAUUACAUCGAGAAGCACGGCUCGCUCGAUCCCCAAAAGCUCCUCCCGCUCUACCAGGAUCUUCUGGUCGGCCUCGGCUUCGCGCACGAAGCAGGCAUCGUCCACAAGGACCUCAAGCCAGACAACAUCUUCUACCGUUACCCUGGCACCAUCCGCGAGUCCUUCUGCGUGGUGGACUUUGGCAUCGCGCACAUCGGUCGAAACAACAGCCGCCGCGUGACCAAGAAUGGCGAGUUCUUUGGCACCCCCGCGUAUAUGGCGCCCGAGUACAUCACCGAGCAAAAGGUCUCGGCCGCGGUCGAUGUGUACCAGAUGGGGUUGAUCCUGCUCGAGUGUUUGACGGGCCAGCCGUUCCUGUUCCACGAGGACGCGAUGGCCAACCUGUUGAUGCACCUCAACAGGACCAAGGGGCUGCCAAAGGGGAUCGCUGGCACCAGGCUCGGCGCGAUCAUCGAGCGCGCCAUCUCGCAGGACCCUGACGUGCGUUACCAGAACGCGAUGGAGUUCGCCGAGGCGCUCUCCGAGGUCAACGUCUCUACCAUAGCAUCUGUGGGGGGCGCGCACAGCAAGGCCACUCGCCAGACGCCCCCUCCGUCGGAUGUGACAAUGCCUCCGUCAAAACCCAGGUCCACCAUACCCGGCGUCGCCGCGCUGAUGGACAUCGACACGGGACUUGGCGAUGACGAGUCCGAGGCGGCCAUGUCCUGGCAUGCCGAGGCGGAGCUCGAGGGAGACAUCGACUCGUUUGCCUUCGAAGACACGGUCGCGCAAAAGGGCCGCUCGACGAAGUUCAUCGAGCAACAGGUCGUCUCGGAUCUGAGCGAGGCUAGCGACAUCAUCGAGGAGCGUGAGGAUCUGCUCCGCCACCGCGCAGAGCGCGAAGCCGCCGCGUCUGAUGAGUUCGACAUCGAUGAGGAGUUCGACGAGGAUAUCGAGGAGAGCGACCCGCCGCCGACCGCUGAGGUCAGCGACACCUCGCGGCAACGCGCGAUGGUGCCCCGCUCGCAGACCGGGGUCAUGCACGAGGUCGACUUCUUCGAACCUGACCCUCCCUCGAAUAACAAGAAGAUCAUGGGGUUGUUGGCGGCCUUGCUGCUGAUGAUCGUGGUGGCUGGCGGCGUGGCCGUGACGCUCGCGAAUAACCAGAGCGGGGGCAAGGCGCCAGAGAACGUCGACCCAGGUUCGCUCGCGGCAAAGAGCGGCGAAACCACUCCGGCGAAAGAGACCUCGCCACCAGCGGAAACCACACCCGCCAAGGAGGCCGCCGAGAAGAAACCCGUUGUCAUCGUUCAGAUCGCGACGGUUCCCGAGGGAGCGAGCGUUUAUGAUGGCGAGACGCUGCUCGGUAAGACGCCCUAUCCGGUGGAGUUCGAGAGCGAGGAGUCCGAGGAGCGCGCGCUCCUCGUGCGCCACGAAGGCUACGAGGAUCUCGCGCUCGAUAUCUCGGCGUCGAGUUCCAUUGCAUUUUUGAUCUGCCUCGCCUGGCCGCUCGAUCUCUGGGCUCAGGAGACCGUCCAACUCACCGAGGAGCAGAUCAACCUCAACAACCGCGCCGUCGGUUUGCUCGAGGCGAAUCCUCCCAGACCCAAGGAGGCGAUCUCGCUCGUACAGGCAGCCAUGGUCACCGGCGAGAAGGGCGACCUGUUGCACCUGACGCUCGGGCGCGCUUAUCAACUCGACAAUCAGUGUGACAAGGCGGUCGAGGAGUUCGACAGAGCGCUCUCUGCGCCCGGCGUCGAGGGUUUGCCCGAGGGCUUCAUCCAAGCGCAGACCGAGACCUACCGAAAAGACCUCGGCACGAUGUGCGAUGGCGAGCUCGUGAUCGCGUGUGAGCCCGACGGGCUCGAGCUCUCGAACAAGGACCGAAAGCUCUCGUGUGGCGAACCCGCUACGUUCGCGCCCGGAACCUACGAGAUCGACGCGCGCAACCCCGAGACCGACGCCAGCGUCUCCAUUCAAGCGGUCAUCGUGGGAGCCGAGACCACCAAAACCACCAUCAAACUGGGCGGCAAGAAGAAGGACGACACCACCGUCGUCAUCGAACCUGAUCCGACCCCCUCAGUGCCCGAGAAGAACCUCUUUAUCACUGGAAACAUCGGCGUCCCCGCAGGCUAUUGCCUCGCCAGGUUGGUCCGCGAUGGCGGCACCUCGCAGGAGGCCAACGCCACGGACGCCGCCGUGUGUUAUGGCGUGCAGGCUGACAUCAUGGCGACGCGCGCCAUCUCGGAUGCGUUCGCCAUCGGCGGCAUGGCGAUGGCGCGAGGUGUCAUGGCGAACGCGCUCGGGCAGGUCGAUGAUCAGGAAUCACUCGCGCUGCGCGGUUUCGAUGUCGGCGCCGGGUUGCAAGGUUGGUUCGCCGGUCGCAAGGUUGGCCUCGAGUUUGGCACGCGCUGGCGCAUUCGCCGCGUGAUCUUUCAGGGCGAGACCCUCGAAGACACCACGGCGCCCCUGAUGGCAGGCCCCGGCUUGCUCCUCCAACUCGGCGACGUGAUCGGCGCCCUGGACGGGCUCGGCGUCAACGCGCGUUGGAUGCCUGUCGCGAACGGGCUCGACACGCUCGCGCUGGACGCGAGCAUCGCCAGAGGGCCGCUCUCGGUGUGGCUCGGUUACGAAUCCUGGCAAGGCGAUGUCGGCACCGAUGGCCUCACACACCGCGCAGAGCAGGUCAUGCUCGGCGUCGGGUAUCACUGGGGCGACUGA